AUGGCACGGGCGAUACUUGGAGAGAAGAAGUCGGGGCAUUCGGUGAGUGCAGCUCUUGCGUUGGUAUGCAUUGACGCUCCGAAUACCCGUAUGAUGGUGCGAGGAUGCGAAGGUCAGCAGUUGUCCGAAUUGCUCUCGGCUGGUGGGAGCCCUGAGAUGGUGACGAUCAGGCCAGCUGCAGUUGAGGGUGCGGAGCCGGGCGAGCAAUUUGGCGUUCUGCAUAUCGACGACGUAUUACGUUCGGAAGAAGUAAAAAGACUUGCUGCGACCGCUCACAAAGCAACGGGCAAUAUCCCCCUGGAUGUCGAGAGCCACUUCACGCCCGAGGGACUCUACAUCGAAACCAAGAACUCCGGUAUAACCAACGGCAAUCAAAACGCGCUGAACCACAUCGAAGGCACCCGUUCAUCGGACGGACGCAUUGUAGCGACACUUCAUUUCGGCGCCAGAAAAGCAAAGCCAGAAAGUUCAAACAAACCUUUAUCGAGUUUCCUCUGGAAGAAUUUUAUGCGAACAAACAAACACUGA